AUGCCAUACGAACUCAAGGGCAGAAAUGUUCUCAUCACCGGAGGAUCAGCGGGCCUCGGUGAAUUGCUCAGCAUAACAUUUGCAAAAGAAGGUGCCAAUGUAGCCAUCAACUACUUUAACCGCAUUGAGCCUGCACAGAAAGUACAGAAGCAAUGUCAAGAGCUAGGUGUCAAGGCUGUGCUCAUCAGGGCGGACAUAACAUCGACGUCAGAAGCGAAACGGGUUGUCAAAGAGACGAUUGAGCAGCUAGGCGGACUAGACAUUAUUCUUGCCAAUGCAGGCUGGACGCGUUUCUCUGAGUGGGCAGAUCUAGACUCGAUGUCUGAAGAAGAUUGGGACAAGUGCUGGAGCGCCAAUGUCAAAGUACCCAAGACACUGCUUUCAGAAGCCAGAGCUAAAUUCGACGCCAAUCCCGAUGGUGGUCUCAUGAUCACCACGGGAAGUAUCGCUGCUAUCGGACAAGGAGGAAGCAGUAUGCCCUACGCCGUCACCAAAGCAGCACAGUUCCAGCUCGUCAAGUGCCUGGCCGUCACGGUUGGCCCCAAGAUACGCGUCAACACCGUCCUACCCGGUUUAUUGUUGACCGAGUGGGGACGGAAUUAUUCGCCGGAGCAGAUUAAAGGGCUCAAGGAUCGUGCGCCACUCAAGCAAGAGACGUUUUUGGACGAUUGCGUGGCUGCUUUUGUGAUGCUGGCCAAGAAUACCAGUAUGACGGGUAUGCGUGUUCAGGUGGAUGCAGGGCUUAAUGUUCAGGGUGCUUGA